AUGGCCGACACGUCGGUGCCCAAGGCCCUCGAGGCUCUCACCCUCUCAAAGACGAAGGAGCUGAAGGGCACGGAAAAGCGAGACACCUUGGUUGAGAUUGAAAAGAAAUACCAGCUGAAAUGGGAGGAAGACCACAUCUUCGAGGUCGACGCCCCCUCGACGACCGAGAUCCCCCUCGACUCGAUCACGGCCGAUGAGCUGCGCGAGAAAUACCCGAAGUUCUUCGGAACUAUUGCGUACCCAUACAUGAAUGGCCGUCUCCAUGCCGGGCAUGCCUUCAGCUUCAGCAAGAUCGAGUUCCACACUGGAUUCGCCAGGAUGCAGGGGAAACGAUGCCUGUUCCCCCUCGGAUACCACUGCACUGGACUUCCGAUCAAGGCGUCGGCGGACAAGCUAGUCAAGGAGGUCGAGAUGUUCGGCCGCGACUUCCAGCGCUACAAGGAGGACGACGAGGAAGAUGCCGCGCCCGUAGUCCCUAAAGGGGCAAAGGACGAUGUGACCAAGUUCAACGCAAAGAAGGGGAAGGCUGCCGCAAAGACAGUCAAAGCGAAAUACCAAUUCCAGAUCCUGCAGUCCAUCGGAAUUCCGACGGAGGAGAUCCAUCUUUUUGCCGAUCCUCAGUACUGGCUGCAGUUUUUCCCUCCUGAGUGCAAGAAGGACCUGACCAACUUCGGCGCCCGGAUCGACUGGCGGCGGCAGUUUGUGACGACCGAGGCAAACCCGUACUACGAUGCGUUCGUGCGCUGGCAGAUGAUUCGCCUGAAGGAGCUGAACAAGAUCAAGUUCGGCAAGCGGUACACAAUUUACUCCAUCAAGGAUGGCCAGCCCUGCAUGGACCACGACCGCAGUGAAGGCGAGGGUGUUCUUCCCCAGGAAUACACGGCUCUGAAGUUGAAGGUUCUUGAAUGGGCCCCCAAGGCCGCAGAAAAGCUGAAGGGCAAGCUUCCCGAAGGCGCUAACGUCUUCUUGGUGCCCGCCACUUUGAGGCCUGAGACCAUGUAUGGCCAGACGUGCUGCUUUGUCGGCCCCAGUCUGAGCUACGGAGUAUUCAAGGCCGCGGAGAACGAGUACUACGUGAUAACUGAGAGGGCCGCCAAAAACAUGGCCUUCCAGGACGUCUUUGCGCAAGAGGGCGUCAUCGAAAAGGCAGCCGAUGUCCUAGGUUCCGAUUUGAUUGGAACUUUGAUCAAUGCGCCCCUAAGCUUCCAUCCCCAAGUCCGCGUUCUCCCCAUGGACACCGUCCUGGCCACGAAGGGCACUGGUGUUGUGACCUCGGUUCCGUCUGAUUCGCCAGAUGACUUUGCCAUGGUCACGGAACUCGCCAAGAAGGCCGAUUUCUACGGCAUCAAGAAGGAGUGGGCUGAACUGGAGGUCAUUCCGAUUAUCCAAACGCCCACAUCUGACUUGUUGGCCCCCUAUUUGGUCAAGAAGCUGAAGAUUUCGUCUCCCAAAGACACCAAGCAGCUUCUGGAAGCAAAAGAGCUUGCGUACAAGGAAGGCUUCUACCAGGGCGUUCUCACGGUCGGCGACUUUAAGGGCGAGAAGGUCGAAGUCGCAAAGCCGAAAGUAAGGGAGCAGCUGAUCAAAGCCGGCGAGGCCUUCGCAUACUGUGAGCCUGAAAACAAAGUAGUGUCGAGAUCCGGCGACGAGUGCUCCGUGGCCCUCCUCGACCAAUGGUAUAUCGACUACGGCGAGGAGUCCUGGAGAGCCAUUGCCUACGACUAUGUUGAGAACAAGGACGGCACUGGCCUCAACACGUAUUCCUCCGAUACCCAGCACGCGUUCAAGGGAGUCGUCGACUGGCUGAGGCAGUGGGCUUGCGCUCGCACCUACGGCCUGGGAUCGAAAAUACCCUGGGAUCCCCACUUCCUCGUUGAGAGUCUGAGCGACUCGACCGUUUACAUGGCCUACUAUACCGUAGCCCAAUGGCUGCACAAGGACCUGUUUGGCCGAGAGAAGGGCAACGGCGAUAUCGCGCCCGAGCAGAUGAUUGACGAGGUCUGGGACUACAUCUUCUGCCGGGCACCGCUGACGGACGAUGUCAUCACCAAGUCCAAGAUCCCCAAGGCAACUCUGGAGGGCAUGAGGAGAGAGUUUGAGUACUUUUACCCGCUGGAUCUCCGCGUCAGCGGCAAGGACCUUAUCCCCAACCAUCUCACCUUCUUCCUGUACAACCACAUCGUCGAAGCUCUCUUUCCCCGCGAGUAUUGGCCCCGUUCUGUUCGUGCCAACGGGCAUCUCCAGCUGAACGGAGAGAAGAUGAGCAAAUCGACCGGAAAUUUCAUGACUCUGGACGACGUUGUCAAGAAGUACGGCGCCGACGCUGCGCGAGUUGCCCUUGCAGAUGCCGGUGAUGGUAUCUCCGACUCAAACUUUGUCGAGGAUGUGGCAGACAACACGAUCCUGCGCUUCUACAACAACAAGGAGUGGAUUGAGGAGACUGUCAAGGGUGUCGACCAACUACGGGCCGGGGAACUCAACUCGUUCCAAGAUGCGCUCUUCGACAACGAGAUGAACGGGCUUGUGAACGAUGCCAAGAAGUACUACGAGGAGACGUCGUACAAGCUUGCUCUCAAGGCCGGCCACUACGAUUUCCUGAAUGCGCGAGACUCGUACAGAGAGGCAUGCAACGCUGCUGGAAUUGCGCUCCAGAAGGACUUGGUAUUCAAGUAUAUCAGACUCCAGGCCCUGAUAUUGACUCCCAUUGCGCCGCAUUGGGCCGAAUACGUCUGGCAGGAGGUCCUCGGAGAGAAGACGUCGAUCCAGUCUGCCAGAUACCCCGACGUGCCGGCUGCUGACCCGAUCCUGACUGCGGCUCGCGAGUACGUUCGGCAAACGGCGUCGAGCGUCAACUCGGCCGAGGCAGCGCAGCUGAAGCGGAUGGCCAAGGGCAAGACGAGCGACUUUGACCCUAAGAAGCUCAAAAAGCUUACGGUCUUUGUGACUGAGUCCUUCCCGGCGUGGCAGGCAAAGUACAUCGAGCUACUGCAAGAGGUUUGGGAUCCGGCGACAAACACGCUGAAGGUUGAUGAAAAGGAGCUGAAUGGCCGGAUCGGUAAGAUGGGAGAGAUGAAGAAGGCCAUGCCCUUCGUGCAGUCUUUGAAGAAGCGCCUGCGCGAUGGAGAGCCCGCCGAUGCGGUCUUCUCGCGCAAGCUGGCAUUCGAUGAAAAGACAACUCUUUUGGCAAUGGUUCCGGGCUUGAAGAGGACAGCCGGUCUGGAGUCGGUCCAGAUUGUAGCCGUGGCGGAGGGCAGCAAGAAGGGCAAAAACCUGGCCAACGGCGGUGAGGAGGUCGAUAUUAAGACGCCUGUCGCUGACUCGGCCAUACCCGGCCAGCCGAGCUUCCUGUUUCAGAAUGUUUGA